AUGACGUCCCUCCCACUGUGUCUAGUGGACUGGCAUUACCAAGGCUACAAAAACUGGCCCCCAGUUUCCUGGACGUCUCAAAGGAAGAUGCUGCAAUUCUCAACAGGAGCUCUGCUUCUUCUCUUACCCUGGUUUGGUGGCCUGGUCCUUGGAGAGAUCAGUGACAACUUCUCCCAGUGCCUGAAAUUCUUCUAUAACAAAACUCCACCAAAGGGUAUCAAAGCAGCAGGAUACCAGCCAAUUUGCCAGCGCUACAAAAACCAGUACCACUUUGCCAGCCUUUAUCACCGUCAGCAUCGUGCACCAUUGUACUCUGCGUACAUACUCAGUCCUGCAGAUGGCAAACGGCCCAAAACCUCUUGGAUGUAUGAACCACAGCUGGUGUUUGAUAGAGCCAGCCCUGAUAUGCAGCCUUUCCCAGCCCCAAAACCAGUCUACAGGAGUGUGAUUGAGAGCCAGGCAGUGCUUCGGGACUACAAGAACUCCAGCUACACCAAGGGCCAUCUCAAUCCCAGCAUGCACCAGAAAACAAAAGAAGGCCGUGAAGCGACCUUCACCCUAACAAACAUUGUCCCUCAGCGCGCAGGCUCCAACAGAGACACCUGGAACCCACUGGAGAAGGAGGUGAUGGAGAGGUUCAAGGCUUUCUGCAACGGGCCAAUGUAUGUGAUCACCGGAGUCAUGCCUUAUAAGUCUGAAACCCGCUGGAUCAAUAACAGGGUGUCUGUUCCUGAGUACAUGUGGUCUGCCUACUGCUGUCCAUCCUACAAAUCCAACCUUCCGAAAUCUGUGAAGCCCUUUUUCCCCACAUAUGCUGCAGUGGGAAGAAAUGACCGCAACAGUGGAGAAGAGAUUGUCCAGGUAGAUCCAAAAGCAGACCCCAGCAUGAGAGGCUAUGAUGUGAGGCAGCUGUCCUUAGAGACCCUAGAGAGCAUUUUGAGAACAAGGCUGAGAAUGCCUGUCAGUCUUUUUAUAGGGCAGUGUAAGCAAGAAAGGGUGACAAGCUCUUGGUCUUUGUGGAAGUAACUUAACUUCCCUGCACACGGUUAAUCUAUCGUAGCCAGAAGUCGCCAAGUAUAACACAUCCCUCCUAGUCAGACUCAAAGUAUUACAGAGAUUCCCUCACAGUUUAAUGAGUGCAUAAAUGUUUAAUCAAAAUGUUGUUCUUUCUUGAUGGUUGGAAAUGAAUUUUUCAGAAUUUGAUCUCACAAAUUUUGUA